UAAUAAUCUAAAUGUUCAUAAUCUAAUGAGUAGGAACAAAAUGUCAUAUAUCCCCACAAUAGAAUAUUAUUCAGCCAUGAAAAAUAAACAAUUGAUACAUAUCACAACAUGGAUCAAUCUUUAAGUGUUUGUAUACCUUACUAUUUUUAUUUAGGCAAUCACUUUCAAAUAUGGUUGAACAUUUGAUAUUACCUGAGAAACUUAUGCAGUAUCCUGGAGAUAUUUAAGAGUGGAGCAUCUAUUAUAAUAAGCUCUAGUUUCCUUCCCAGAUCUAGGAAUUACAUGUAAUCUCUAUUAGCAUCUCACCAACACUCACAUUUAUGAAGUAGAAGCAGUAAAAAAAAUCAAUCCUAUUUAGUACAUAUUACUUACAACAAGUGUUACAAUCAGUCUUUCUUACAGUCUAAACUGGCUCUUCUCCAAUUCAGCACCCUUUCCCCAAAGUUGAAUAUACACAUAUGUUGAUUUUUAAUGAUGCACACCUGAAACUUCAAUAAUGUUAUAGUGCAAUGUUACAUAAAUAGAAGCAAAUGCCCAUGUAGGUAUUCUCAUGGAGAACUGUGGCUGUAGCAGUAGAUCACAUCUGAUGCUAAGUAGGCUGUUUCUAAUAAAUCCUACUAUUUUUCAGGAAUCGGCUUCUGGAUUUGAGAAUAAUCAAUCCUUCCUUCUGUGCCUUUCAUAGACAAGUUUGAAUAGAACGAACUAACGAACUUCUGACAAUUCCACAAUUUCUCUUUAUCUGCACUGUUUUACUCACAAGCUGACUGAGUAUCAGUAUUAAUAAUGGGGCUGGUUUCUGAUUUACUUGCUUCCCUAAAUAUUUAAGUAUGCUAAAUCAUGUUCCGACUACUCAGCUCCUGCUGGUCUCGGCUAAAAACAGCAGAGACACGAAGAAAUGUGACCAUCAUUAUUAUCGGCUUGGACAACUCUGGCAAAACUGUUCUUGUAGAGGCUUUUCAAAGAUUACUACCCAGUAGGCUGAACAAUUGCAUGAGAUCUGGACUGACUACACUCCUGCUAGACAAAUAUGAAGUUUCUAUCUAUGACCUGAAUGGAGACCAGAAGGGCCGAGAAAGCUGGCCAAAUUAUUAUGCACAGACACAUGGGCUUAUUUUUGUCCUGGACUCCUGCGACUUAGGACGCAUGCGGGAAGCAAAGACUACAUUAACACAUCUGCUGUCUGAUAAAAGAAUAACAGGGAAACCCAUCUUACUCCUGGCAAACAAGCAAGAUAAAAAAGGUGCCCUCUUGCCCUGUAAUAUUAUUGAAUAUCUACACCUGGAAAGGCUAGUGAACGAGAACAAGUUACUAUGUCGAGUGGAACCCUGUUCAGCCAUCACAAACCUUCAAAGGAGAAGCCAGCAGACCAUAAUUGAAGGUCUGCGUUGGCUUUUAAUUGCAAUUGGGAAUAAAUAUGAAGAUCUUUGUACCCGACAACAGUCAUUCACCUCGAGCAUCUCACUCUCCAAAAGAAUCAGACGAUAUGGGGAAAGAUGCUCAUCAGACAGCUUCUGCACCAGAUUUGGAAUGUCCAAGGAUAAAAGACAGCAUCUAGGACAAUGUCCAGUGGAAGCUAGACCCCUAAAGUCAAUCCUACAGAAAGAAGGUGUACGAUUAAGACCUAAAAAGAAAAUGUCAGUAACGUUUGCUUUAGAUGAGCCCAUGGAGGAAGGUGAAUGUUCUGGGCGCCGACAAACUCAUAAUACCAAUGAGGUUCACCACGGUCGGAGUAAUAUCUUGCAGACCCCAGCCCCACAUGCCGUUAGUCAUCUUUUUGAAGAAUCUGAGUUGAGAAGGAGAAUGGAUACCUGGGAAACUGAAGAGCUGGCACAAGAAAAUCCAUGUGAAGAAAUCUUUGGACCCUGUGCCAUCACAUGAAUCUUACACCCACCAAGAGGCUCAAGAAAAGUUAGGUUGCAUCCAUUUGAGAAUGAAGACAACCUUGGAAAAGAAGAAAAGACUUUCGUUACCCUUGAUACAUCUGAUGAUGCCUGUGAACAUACCAUGGAGCAACCAACUGAGAUUGAGCCUUAAAAAUAAAGGUCCAGUUUGGAAUAACAUU